AACAAACCACUCGGAACGUGUUCCCGCGCUCGCUCAUCGCAAGCGAACGCCGUCUGUGCCCCAGCUGCACGCUGGCAGGUCUCGCUUGUAUCGUGCCGUUAGACGUCGACGUAGAGGCGUAAGCCCGUAGUGCAAACUUCGCGCGUUAAGUGGUGAAGAACACGCUUGGCUUCCACCGCCGAGAGCCGACCGAGGUUUACUUGUUCGUGCCCGGAGUCCUCGAAGGGCGUCGGCGGUAAACAUGGUGCAACCCGGGCGAAGCACGUCGCCGCGCUUAUCGCGUCUGCAGCCAACGGACAAGUACUCGCCCAACUUCCUCCUGCACUGGUUGCUUCCACUGUUCCUGUUUCUCUUCGUGCCGCAUGUGGUCGUGUGCGUGAUCUCUUUCGUGGUCACCUACGGGUCAUCCGUGGAAGAAGCUCUUGAACGGGGCUUUCAGCCCUUCUGGUACGACGCCUGGACAUUGCACGGACUGGGAACACCGCAGACGUGGGUCUUCCUCGCCGUGUUCGCCGCUUACAGCGGUCUCUCUCUACUCGUCCUACCUGGCAAAAUAUACUACGGCCCACCGACGUCAACGGGUCACCGACCCGUCUAUCGAAUGUCCGGUUUCACGUACUACGUCAUCAGCAUGGCGCUGGCCGUGUUCAUUCUGCUCAUACAAGACGCGCGCGGCUGGUCCAUCUACAGGAACCUGCCCGGAGUGGCCGUUGCUCUCACCAUAAUCGGCUACGUCGUUACGUUUCUCAUAUACGUCAAGGGCAAGCUGUGGCCGUCACCUGGAGAGCAUGGUACGACCGGAAGCGUUGUGUUUGACCUCUACUGGGGGCUAGAGCUGUAUCCGCGCAUAGGAGAGCGCCUGGACAUCAAGCAGUGGACCAACUGCCGCUUUGGAAUGAUGAUGUGGCAGCUUCUGGUGCUGGUGUGCUGGAAGGCUCAGGUGGAGACGACCGGCUGGAAUUGGGCCAUGGCAACGACAGCUUUGUUGCAGACGGUGUACAUCGCCAAAUUUUACUGGUGGGAAGACGGAUACAUGCAGACAAUCGACAUCAUCGUCGACAGAGCGGGUUACUACAUCUGCUGGGGAUGCAUCUGCUUCUUGAGCCUCAUGUACCCUCUGACGAGUAUUUACAUGGUCGAGCACAGCCCCGAGUCUGGUUUUCUGCGGGCAGGGCUCAUAUUUGCGAUGGGCCUCGCCAUGGUAGGGCUCAACUAUUGGACCGACUACCAGAGACAGGUGGUAAGAGCGACGCAGGGAAAGUGCAUCAUCUGGGGAUCUUCACCGAAGGUGAUCAAGGCCUCCUACCGAGACGCGACGGGAAAGCAAAGAACCAACCUACUUCUGGCUUCGGGGUUCUGGUCACUCAGCCGCCACGUGAACUACGUGUUCGAGAUUCUCGCUGCGCUGUGCUGGGCCCUGCCUGCUGGAGGAUCCAACAUCGUCCCGUACUGUUAUGUCCUGUACCUCUGCGUAUUGCUUGUGCACAGAAGUUACAGGGACGAAGAAAAGUGCUCGAAGAAGUACGGAGACUACUGGAAGGAGUACUGCGAUUUAGUGAAGAGCCGAUUAAUACCUUAUUUAUUUUAAAACGCGCUAGGAUCAACAAAAGCAUCUGCAAUUUUUCGUGUUUUCUUUUUUUUUGUUUGAAGUGUUAAAUGUCAUGCACAUUUAGAACCGAAGCUCUUGGAAUGACGUGCGGUGCCGAUUUGUGAACUAUCGAGUGACAUCGCCUCCGCGCGGACACUGUCACAAUUAUCAGUGCUUCCCCAACGGCAUGUGUUCGAAAUAAAUCUUAAUGGGGCCCUGCAA